AUGUCGUCCAACGUAAGAUCAAAGUGGACCCGUUCCAAACUCGAUUCGCCUCGAUUGCCAUCGCGUUUAACAGAAUUCCAAGGUAAACUUUAGCUACCCUCUUCAAAUCUAAAACCCCUUUGGAGUGUAAUACAGUUGUGGCUUUUUUAUGAUUAAAUAUGCCAUCGUUUGUGGGACCUUUAAUUUCCUUACAGCAAAACAAACACAACGUGUACGAUCAUUAAAUUUUUAAGCUUAAUCCGGGGUUAAUACUUUUUAACUUCAUGGUGUACAGUACUGUACGUUGCUCAAGAAGUUCACAAACUUGAUGUUGGGCUCAUUAUAGUUAGUUGGUUGAAACUGUUCUGAUCAUGAAACAUGAGAUCAUGAGAGGUUUUCAUGUGUCAACUAUGUUUUAAGUUAUUAUGUAUUGAUUUUCUUUGGUUGAUAAUAGUAAUAAAUAAUUCUUAUUCACUACUGAAGUCGUGAAGGAGACUCAAUUUUAUUGCUUCAGUUGUUAAAUAUCAAUAUAACCCCACUCCUGUACCCUCAUUAAAAGAUUCAAGGAAAAUUCUUGAUCAAUAAGUUUAUUUUUAGCACCACCUUUCACAAAGCUAAGUGACUCUCUCCACAUGGCCCCUUCUAAUUUUUUUUAAGUAACCCUCCAUUUGACAUAAUUAUUACUUUCUGGAAGCCCCAGUAACUCGUUGUCUGGACGUUCACCUUAUUACAAUAUUUCUCAUGCUGUCAUGCAAUAAACCUUAUUCAAAUGUUCCAAAAAAAUUCUCCAUCUCUGAUUGGCUGUAAUCUCCAGGCUAAUUUUUCAUAACCAGCUACUGUUGACCAAAUUUAGAAGACUAAUAUGAUUUUUCCAAUAAUUUUUUUGUCAAUCAACAAUAAUUGUACUAAAAAUAUCGGACAAUUGUUGUCACGCCAAAACAGGAUGUGGUGGGUCAGCGAUUUUGCCAUUAUAUCUAGGGGCAUGUUAGUCUGCCAUUUAUGUCUUUUGUUUUAAAAUACAGUAAAGUUAGCUUUGCAAGUAUCCAAAAUUGUAGAUAAAAUUUAAUUCAUAAUAAUGUAGAUUCAAGGCUGUACUCUAAGGAAAAUAUAAGGGAGCCCAGUGCUCUGAAACUGUAAAAUCUAGGGUGCCCAGCGUAUGAUUUGUAUGAAAAAUCUGAGAUUUUCUAGUCGCCUGAGGGCAAAAGUUAGGCGCCAGGGGCCACUGGGCUCUGCUAGAGCACAGCCCUGAGAUUUAUGUUGUCCAACUGGUGUUUUAUUUUUCACUAGAUGACAUUGUAGCCCAUUUUUGCAUGAUGAUAUCCUUUAGACUACAACUUCCAGAAUACUCAAUACUUUUGUUUUCUUGUGCAAGUUAGAGUCCUUGGUAAACCUCACAAAAUAGUAAAAAAAUAGUAACAAUUUCUGGUAAUAAUUGUAGUCAAAUGAUAUCAUCAUGAAAGUGGCCUGUUUGAUGUUUUAUCUGGUGAGAAAAUUGAUAAUAGUAAAUAGGUAAACAUCAAAAGUUAACAAAUCAAUUGUCAAAUCCACUAAAAAGAGAUGUAAAGCCGUGAAAUCUUUUUUUUAAUCUACCUUUUUCCAACAGAUGCAGAUCUCUCAGACACAUUCAUUGCCAAUAAUGAUCCUUGGUCUAGUGUCCAAGCUUUAGAGGGAAGAGUUCCCAACUAUCUUUUGUUAGUUUCUCUUCUGGAACAUCUGUGUUCUCUGUACGAGGCUGAUGCAGAGAAAAGCAAAGAGAUCUUUAAUGGUGAGUGUAAAAACUAGAUUGUAAGAAACAUACACUGAAUGCUUCAGAACAGAAAGAGAAAAAAUUAGUUGAUAGUUGUUUUCAUGCUGAAACUUUGAAUGGAACCCAAGCAAUGAUUUUUGUUGUCUAACAAAUACAUGAAAGUCUGUUAAAGUGCCACAAUUAUUACUGGAGUGUGGCAUAUAAUAUGUAGCAAUUAUUGAAUUGGGCUUUCCUAUCAUCUGAAGAAUUAUAGAGAUUGAGGAGGUUGUGGCCUCAGCGGAUAACACCCUCCGAGAUCUUCAUAAUUCUUCAGAUGAAUGUGCAGACUUCCUGUUUCUCUUGUUUCAAAACGGUGCCAACAAAACAUAGAAGAUACAAAACCUCAAUCGUAAAAUUGAUUGUGAUGUUUACUACUCCAGCUUUAAAGUGAGAUAGUGACUUCCAAUACCCAUAAUCUCCACAGAAAAUCCUUGCACAAGGAGAUUGGGACAUCUCACAACUUUUUACCCAUUUCUCACUUAUUUUCCCAGCUCUAGGUUCAGAAUCUCACAUUUUUUGCCUUUUGGGGGUUGGCAAGUCUGCAGGACACUCUUGGAACUAGAAAAAGUGUCUGCUUAAGGAAGAGGUUUUAAUUUCUAUUUCGGAGAUAAAAAUUAAUGCAGUGUUUGUUUAUCAUGGUUGUGACCGUGACAAAACUUAUUAAAGGUGUCUUAGUUUACAUAAUAUAAGAAGAUACUUGACUGUACAGGUAUACUAGAAAUUCCUUUAGUUUUUUGUACACAGAAUGUAAGAUCUGUUUUCUUUUUGCAGUGCUCUGUCAACAACUUGUGAAGAUGAAGGUAUGAAAUCCUCCUCAGUUAAGUUUUAAGUACAAGGAUAAUCACCUACAGCUGUUAGAUUAGGUUAUUUGAAGGACUGAUUACCCAAUUUCUUUUUAACCUGAUUAAAAGUGUAUGGAAACAUAAAAAUGUAAUAAAAGUUCAUGAAUUCUCCAUCUCUUUCCUUAGGUGAUGCCCUCUUUCUCAUUUCUGGAGGAAUUUAGUGUCAUCAGGGCAAAAUACAAGACAGCAUUCAGUGACCUCAUGCAAGCUGCUGCCAGAACCACAGGAACAGAUGUAAGAUAUAAUAUGGCUGGUAACUUAAUUUUGAUAGCAUUUCAGGGCUGUCAAAAAGAUUUUAAGUAGCAGGCUGGUAAUAAAAGUAGGUGGCUUUGGAGCUCGCACCAAAGGCAUCAGUUCUUGAGGGCCGAAGCAGCAUCUAGGGACAUUUUGUUAGAGUCUCGGAAAUGUCCCAGAUGUUCCAUGACAUUGCACGGUUCUCACGUGUCACAGAUUUAUUCCUGUUUAAAUAUGUGUUCAAUGUCAUUCAAGACUGGGAAACGGAUGCUUUUCAAUUUUAUUUUUUGUCAGAUCCUGUGGUAGAAGGAGAUGAAAGUAGCCAGCUAAGGGUGGCUAACUAGCUAGCGGUUUUGGCCUGGCUGCCGGCUGUUAUUGACAGCCUGGCAUUUAGCAGCUGGCUGAGAGAAUUUCAGAAUUAACUCAGGCUUCUCAAUACCUUUUUCAUUUCUAUUCUUGCCUUUAACAAUGUGGCACUUUGCCUUCAAUCCUUGCUACUGAACAACAUCUCUGAGUAAGACAAGUAUGAUGAAUUGCAAUCAAUUUAAAAUUGUACAUAAUGUUACAUUACAUGGACAACAGUGUUGAUAGCUUUGUAAAAAUGUAUAAUCAUUAUUAUUGUCAUUACCUAGUAAUCGUUAGCUUUACAUUUCAGCUUCGCAAGCUUCAUUCUGGAGUAAAGAGACCACUGCCAGGUGCAUUUAGCAAUUUACGGUAAGCUGAGUAAUUACAACAGCAGCAACUUCAUUCACAGGCUAUGAAUAUAACAUCACAAAUUAUGCUUGUGGCCUGGUUACAGAAUAUCUGUUGGCAUGUAAUUUAUUUAGAUGUACCUGUAUGUGAGGGUCUUGGCUGUUGUAAAAAGAUGUUUUAGAAGCAGUAUUGGUCCGCCUUAAAGCUAUAAAUUGGGAAAUUAGAAUAAGACAUUUUGCCUUCUUCUUUAAGUUAACUUAUUGUAUUGUAAUAUUGCACAGCCAGUGUAGCGUAGGAAUGCUGUGUGGGCUUUUCACCUCGGGGUUACUGCAUAAAUAUGACAGUAAUCAUGCACAAGGAGAGGGGGAAGGGAAGGAAGCUGAGAGACCAAAGGUUUAAAGGAAAUUGCUCUGUUCAAAGACUCAACUGGCUUUCCUGCAUUUUCAGGAGCUUAUCAGCACCUCAAAAAAUGAGUGAUCUACUACAAAAUGGAUCUUCCCGCUACAAAGAGGAGUUUGUUGAGAUCACAAGACUUGGUAAAGGAGGUUUUGGAAGUGUUUUCAAGGUUUGUAUGAGUUAACAAAUGCUAAGCCACCUUGUUAUUUUGUAAACCCAGCUACAUAUGUAUUCAAGCUAGUUAACAGCUGUUUAAUUCUACUUUAACAACCUCUACAGGUAAAAAACAAGUUAGAUGGACGAGAGUAUGCUGUGAAAAAAAUCCCACUCAAAGAAACAGACCCCGAUCUUUGUUUAAAGGUAAAAGUAACAAUAAUUACUGGACAAUGGUGCUGUUUUUAUUUGUUUUUGCCUGCUAGAGAUGAGUGUUGUUAAAUUUCUUCAGCCUCCACUGUAGAAGUGAGUUCAGUAUGGCUCGUGUGAGAGGCUGGACAAGAGAACAAAAACCUGACUAUUUACGUGUGGGAAAGAAGAGAAAUACAAGUUAAUUCUCACUUGCAUGAACCCCCUGAACCAUGGCUUUAAAAAACAUCCAGUGUGAGUUACGGUUACCUUAAAGUAGUGUUUACCUUUCAGCCCAAAUGUUUGUGUAGAUACUUUUCCCCUUUAGACUAGCACUUUCAAUUACCAUGUGUUGGAGAGGGUGGGAUUUAUUAAUGCACUUUUCAACAACAUGUGAACUCUUAAGUAAAAAAUGUAGCCCAAUGUCUACUUUUUUUCUGUUAAUCAUCCUAACAGACCUCUCUUGGAACAAAGGUUUUCCUCAGUGGGUUCAAAAGGUCAUGUCUGUCGGAUGUGAUUGGUAGAUUUUCAUCCAUUUUGUCUUUUUGUUUUGUGGCAAUUUUGAUUGACGGAAGCGAAAGAUGUAACAUAUGGUUAAACUUUUUACUUUUGAGGUUGCAUGUGUUUGAAAAGCGCGGUAAAGAAAGAGUGGACACUUCUUACUGCCUGCUUGCCUUGUGAUAUCUAAGAGGAAGAUGUUAAUGUGUGCUGUAAUAUUCAAUUUACCCUACCAAUAGGUAUUAAGAGAAGUUAAAGUGCUAGCACAUCUGAAUCACAGUAAUGUCGUUGGAUAUCAUGCAGCCUGGUUAGAGUAUGUUACCACUGACAACGUCAACUCUGCAUUACCCAGUAAGUUGCACCCUGUCAUUUAA